UGUUUUCAAAGUGCAUUCAUGAAAAUAUAUUAUGUAUAUAAACAGAAAGUAAAAUUAAGCAAAUACUGAUAAUUUGCAAACUAAUUUUGAGAAAUGUUAAAGUUCCACUGAUUGCGUCUGUUGUUGGGGAAGCACUCGACAUCCCUGAUAAAAGCAGCGCGCUUUCUACAUCUUUAUAAUAAAAGCACACAGAAAUCCCCAAGCUACACUCAGUAUUAAGUUCAACUGCCGAGAAGAUGCAAAACGCUGUACUGCUGUUCACAUUACUGGUCUGCCUUGGUCCUUAUGGUGCCUUGUCUGCGACGAACCUUACGGUCUACCUGGAGGACUAUAUAGUGGGAAACCAGAGGCAAUAUGAUGCUAAGCUUAAACAGUGUGAGACUGAAUUGGCCAACAUUCGAUUAGUCUACACAGGCAGCCUGCGCGCAAUUAGCAUCCAGACAGAUCAGUUGGAAGUGAGGCUGACGGAGGCGAAAGAGCGUCUAACUCCAAUUGAGUUAAUCGACUCGUGGCACAAGGAAUGUGUACAGAAUCAAAGCAAAAACAUUCCAGACAUAGCCACAGUGCGAAAGACCCUCAACGCUUGCGCGAGUACAGCUGAAAGCAACAUCAACAGCAUUUUGACGAAUGCACAAAACACUUAUAACUCUCUAAAGAGCUACUAUGCUAACAGCUUAAAGAAUUUACUGGCCGACUGUCUAAAACGAUAUCCCGAUUCGCUAACGAACUAUACAGUUUGUAUUAAACAAGCGAUAGAUACAGUUAACACCUAUACCAUAAGCAAUCAGAAGAAUUUCAACACGUAUAUACAACAGGCAAAGUGCGCUGCGGACAUACGCAUUAACCAGGCAUGGGAGUGUGCAUUUGGCACGAUCUAUGAUUCUGCGGCUAAAGUGGGCGCAGCUUUGCGUGUCAUCGAUGAUUGCAUUCAAAAUCAACUGACCUGCGCCUCAGUGGCCUGCACCACCAGUUGCAGAAAUCACAUGGUCAUCAACUUCACCCAAAACGACUUUCUUAACGCCACCAUCAAGAAUCCCUUCUUCGGCUUGGAUAGUAAGAUCGGAUGCAUGGAGAUGAAGUUCAAGAAUUAAGGAUGUAAUAUGUGAAGCU